GUACAAAACCCCUCUCCCUACAGUAGCCUCCUCCAGUCCUCCCCUUCCUGCCUUCUUCCCCAUCGUCUUCUUGCUCUCGUCUACGAAGAACAGAAGCUAAUAGAGACAUUCCUUGUUAGGAGAGAGGGAGAGGGGGACGAUGCAAACUGGAACGGAAUGAUAUGCCGCAAAUAACUAGUGCAACAUUCCCAACCUAUCCUGCUGCAUUCUGCUCGUGCCUAGUAGUGUGUGGUUCUUGGAAAUACUAGAAUGACGCCAAGAUUCGACUUUGCUGCAUCCGUUCUCCUCUGUUCAGAGGACAGUACCACCAUUUUCGACCUUGAGGAGGAGGAAGAAAGAGAAGGGAUUUCGUGUGUUCUUCGGCCGCCGCCGCGCCAUGCCAACGCUCCUUCAGGGGCCUUGUCGAUUGACUUCCCCCUGCAGUCAGAGAGCUGCAUUGAGGCGUACCUUGUGAGGGAGGAGCAUCACCUUCCCAUGGAGGGCUACGCUGACCGGCUGCUGCUGCAGCAGCCGGGCGGGUCGGAUUUGGUGGCCAUCAGGAAUUCCGCCAUUGAUUGGAUUUGGAAGGUCCAUGAGUAUUACAAGUUGGGGCCUUUGACGGUGGUCUUGUCAGUGAACUACAUGGACCGAUUUCUCUCUGUGUACCAUAAUGCUCUAGAGAAAGAUUGGAUGACACAACUCUUAACAGUGGCUUGCCUGUCCUUGGCUGCAAAAAUGGAGGAAACAAUUGUCUUCAAUCCCUUAGACUUGCAGGUGGUGGAUGCAGAGUAUGUGUUUGAGCCUAAUACCAUACACACAAUGGAGAUUUUAGUGCUCAAUACCUUGAGUUGGAGGAUGCAAGCUGUGACUCCUUGCUCAUUUAUUGACUACUAUCUUCACAAAUUCAGUGACGGUGAUGUGUCCGAAAUCAUACUCUCUCGCGCGGUUGAACUUAUCUUGAGCACAUCUAAAGUUGCUGAGCUAUUGGUUUUCAGACCAUCAGAGGUUGCUGCAAGUAUAGCUCUUGUGGCAUUGGGGAAACAUGAUAGUUCAGUACUUGAGAGCGUGGCAACUUGUCGCAAAGAAUUAAGAAAGGAAAGAGUAUUAGGAUGCUAUAAAAUUGUUCAAGACAAGAUUGUUAUGGGAGACAUUAUUAUCAAGUCAGAUGGCUCUUCACUUUUCCCCAAGCAGCACAGCCCUACAGGCGUUCUCGGUGUAGUUGCAUGUGAAAGCCAACAAAGUGAGGAGAUAAGUGCUGGAGCUCCAGUAUGCAAUGAAAGUUCAUCAGCAUGCAAAAGGAGGAGGAUUUGCAGAUGAUUGGUCCUAUUUUCACUGUCAGGUUCCUGAAGCCUUGAAGCAUGUUAAUCACUCAGAAGAAUUUUGGUGUGCCCAAGUAGUUCACAGUAUCAAAAGAAUCAAAAGAAACUAUAAACCAUGUUUGACUUUGAAAUGGUAAAAGCCAUGACUUGCAAUGGGCUUAUAACUUGUUCCCAAUUUAUGAGUUUUGGGCAUGCAAAGCUAUUUGACAAUUGACAGUCCAGUGAUAGUGAUGGUUACUGCUGGAUUGGUUUAGGUGAUAGUGGAAUAGAGCCUUGGACUUGUGUAUUGUAGACUUGUAGAGAUGAGAUAAUUCUUUUGUUGCAUCUUGUAUUCAUGCUCCCUUAUUUGCUUUCUAAGAACCUUUGCAGGAGGGAUGCUUUGAUUUGGGUAUUGAAUUGGAAAUACAAGGAAACAGAACAGAUUGGAAGAGGAAA